UCUAUCGCCUCGCGCGUGCCGAGACUGUCUAAGCAGCUCCGACGCAGCAUCCCAUUAUCCACCUCAGUCUUAUUACCACCGGCCUUCCGUCGACUUCUCGCAUUGUCGCUCGAGUUGUCAGGUGGUGCGCAGCGGGAAACCUUCCGCCCUUAGCUGACUGCAGAGAGACGCACAAAGAAAAAGGAUUUGUUUACCAGGCAGGCCACUUGUGAGAAUGCAGUCGCUUAUAAUUGGCAACAAGCAGUGGUGAAAUUGGAAGCUCGUCCUCAUCAUGGAAGUCAAACGUUGCUCUUUUCUCAUUUUGCUGUUGGCCGCCUCUUUCCUUCAAUGCGCCGCCGCGCUGAAGACGUCCAGGGUGGUGCAAUUACUCGCUUCUAAAAACACGGAUAUUGUUCUGGAAGCUGGAUCUAAGUUGAGAAUUGACUGCGGACCAAUGAUUGAUGUUGAUUCCGACAACAGCGAUCCAUCUCAAGAGGAAAACGCUCAGAAAGUGAAAUGGUUGAAGAACGGAAAUGUUCUUGUCGUCAAGGGAAACAGCGUCAAAAUGUCAAAAAUGAGUUUGCGGAUAAGACGAGUUCAAUACACUGACGCGGGCAGUUACUCGUGUCAGUCGUUGGCCGGCGGCGAUUGGCGAAACGUCACCGUCAAAGUGGUCACGAACGCAAAUCGGCAGCCGGAAGCGUUGGCCCUGCAGCAGGAGAGCGACGACCAGGAGCCCCGCCUCGAGCCUCCGGUCAAGGAAAGUUUCUUCUUGACCCCGGGACAAAAUUUUGAGGUCUCGUGUCCGCCGGUCGGGGGUCACCCGACCCCUAGGAUCACGUGGCUCAAGAACGGCAAGUUGGAGAAGGAGCUGCAGACGGCCCAGGAUUCAUGGACGCUCUCCAUUCCCGUGGUCACUCCGGAAGACCAGGGGCGGUACACGUGCGAGGUCACCAACCGGAUGGGCACGGUCAUUCAACACUUUGACCUCUUCGUCUCAGAUCGCGAACCAAUUUACGUGAAGGGCCAGGAGAUGAAUGCGGUGCUGAACAGCUUUGUCGUUUUCACGUGCCUGACCGAAGGAGAAAAGCAGGUGAUCUGGGUGAAGCGGAGCGACGACGAAGAGAUCUCAGCUGUCACAGACGCUGUCUGGCUCAACACGCAUCAGGUUAAGUCAAGGGGCGUUAAUCCGGACGACAGCCGGAUUUUGGCCAUUCAGCAAGUGACAACAAAUGACAACGGCUGGUACGACUGUUUGACAAUUGGACCCAAAGAAAAGGGGGUCGUGGUUGAAUCGUCUACAAAAUUGACUGUUAUUGGAGUUUCCUCGCCUCCAAUCGACACCAGCGAGGUUGAAGACCUGCCAGGCGAAGACCCUGAAGGUCAGGCUAACUCCCUGGAUGGCUCGGCCGGUUCCUUCAAUGAGACCGAGGAGCUCCGGGCGCCCACCUUCCGCAGACCAGAACGGAUGCACCAGUCCAUUGUGAAGCCUGCUGGCCACACGGUGCGCAUGAAGUGCCAGGGCGACGGAAACCCAACGCCCAACAUUACCUGGUACAAGGAAGGUGUCGUUCCUGAGAGAGCCCUUGGGGGCGUCCAGUACAACCCCACCCAGUGGACGAUGACGCUCCAGGACUUGGUCACCGCGGACUCCGGAAACUACACCUGCGUGUUAUGCAACCAGCUCGCCUGCAUCAACUACACCUUCAAACUGGACGUCAUUGAGCGUCUGAUGCACCGUCCCAUUUUCACAAAGCGGCCGCAGAACACGACGGUAAAAGUCGGCGACACCGCCAACCUGACGUGCAAGGUGCUCUCAGACAACCUGGCCCACGUGGCCUGGUACAGGGUGCCCUCCUUUUCUGGAGAGCUCAAGGAGGAGGUUGAGAGUAACCCGUACAACGAUAAAAAUAUGGUGCAGUCAAAUGUCCAGCCGAGUUCUCCAGAUUCAUUGGAGCUUGCAAAUGUGACCUAUGAAGAUGAGGGAUGGUACACUUGUUUAGCUGGAAAUAACAUUGGCUGGUCUCAGGGCAUGGCAUACCUGAGAGUUGUUGAUAGCCUUGAACCUGACCCUAUACCCAUGCGAUCUCAGCACUCGCAGGUGCUCAACAUGAUGCUGGGCGUCAUGUUCGCUGUGUUCUUGAUCGCGAUCAUCAUCACCAUUGCCAUGAUAAGGAGGCUCAAGAGAGAGAAAAUGAAAAAGUUGCUGGCGAUUGAAAACGCGAGAGCUGCUGUUGUGACCCAGUGGAUCAAAAAGGUCAUCGUCGAGAAGCAAAACUUGAACCAAGCGGACGCUUCUGGUUCGCACCACGAUGUUGGACUGAUGAUGCCUGUCGUCAAAAUUGAAAAACAAAAAUCUGCAUUUACUGCGAGAGGAACAAGUGCCGACCAGAUGACCAUUUCCGAGUAUGAACUGCCUUUGGAUUCGGAAUGGGAAUUUCCAAGAAACCUUCUUGCUUUGGGCAAAGUUCUUGGUGAGGGCGCAUUUGGCAAAGUAAUGCAGGCAGACGCGCAGGGUAUUCUGGACAGCGGUCUCAAAACUGUGGUUGCCGUGAAAAUGCUCAAAGAGGGCCACACCGAUACGGAAAUGAUGGACUUGGUGUCUGAAAUGGAGAUGAUGAAAAUGAUCGGCAGCCACAUCAACAUCAUCAACCUGCUGGGCUGCUGCACUCAGGACGGCCCUCUCUAUGUGAUCGUCGAGUUCGCACCCCAUGGCAACAUGCGCGACUUUUUGCGGCAACACCGACAGUCGUCUGGAUACGAGCCAGCGAUCGGCCACUCCAAGGAAGGCAACACCCUGACCCAAAAGGAUUUGGUUUCAUUUGCCUACCAGGUUGCAAGGGGAAUGGAGUAUCUCGCUUCCAGACGAUGUAUUCAUCGAGAUUUGGCUGCACGGAACGUCCUGGUGGGAGAAGAUAUGGUGCUGAAGAUUGCAGAUUUUGGUCUCGCCAGGGACGUCCACCAGCAGGACUAUUACAGAAAAACGACCGAUGGUAGGCUGCCUGUGAAAUGGAUGGCACCCGAGGCGCUCUUCCAAAGAGUCUACACCACGCAGUCUGACGUUUGGUCUUAUGGCGUUCUUCUGUGGGAAAUCAUGACCUUGGGAGGAACACCGUACCCAUCAGUGCCGAGCGUGGAAAAACUUUUCCAGCUGCUGCGCAGUGGUCACAGAAUGGAGAAGCCACCCUGCUGCUCAUCAGAAAUCUACAUGAUGAUGAGAGAGUGUUGGAAUUACAAUAAGGAUGAGCGGCCAACCUUUGGAGAGCUGGUUGACGAGUUGGACAGAAUUCUGACCAUCACUGCAAAUGAGGAGUACCUUGACUUGGGACUGCCUCAGUUGGAUACACCUGUCUCCAGUCCUGAGAACAGUGAUGCGAGCACCCAGUUCCCCUACCUGCUGUGAGAUCUCCUUAGCUGCCCCUGAACCCAUGAACUGAGUCGCUUUUUGACCCACGGGCAUUUAUUUUUCAGAGUUGAAAACUCUAGAAUAGCAGCAGAGAGUUUUCAGAGAAGUGCAUUUUCUUGCUCAGGAUCAAAAGUGCAAUUAAUUGAGAUCGACGACCAAUAGCUUUUGUCGAAAUUGGAGUGUAACAAGUCUUUAAGCAAAAAUGUGUCCCCAUCCCCGUGCGAUUUUUAUCCCUCCGAAAGUUACCCAUCCAAGUGUUGUCACGAAUUUCGUCCUCCCUCAUAAUGAAUUUUCACAUAUUUGUUGUGGCCUUCUUCAUAGUAUUUUUAAAAUUUUGGAAAAUUUUACUUGAAUUACUUUAGCUUGAAUGCUCAAUUUGAAAUAAUUGGGAAGAAAUGCGUCGUCUAUUUUAAUAAUAAUUGUUGUAUUGUACAAUUUGUACGAAUUAAUGACGGCAUUUUAAUUGGCAGGCAGCUAUUGUCGCCAAGAAACUGCUAGAUUGAUAAAACUGCAUCAUGUGUUCUUUAUAAUUAUAUCAUACCUGUAAUGUAUAAUGUAAAACAAAUCAAGGCAUUACAACUGAAGGAUCAAAUUUAUAAUUUUGGACAAUUAAAAAAAAAAUAUGUAAUAAUGGUGCCUUUUUAACUUCAGCUGAAAUGCCUCUUGAAAAAAAAUCAUUAUAUAUUUUUACGAAGUGCCUCAAAUAUACACCAAAACAUUGUCUAAUACUUAAGGUAAUUGUCAUACUUUGUACCCACAUACUUAUUCCAACGGAGAAAUCCUGGGAAACUAACUUUAAGUGUUAAAAAUCAAUCUGGAACAAAUCUCGCUCUAUAUAACUCAGCAAGUUAUAUUUCUUGCUGCUCUGAAUUUUGUAAAGUCGUACGCUCUUAUUUUUUGGAAUCAAAAUGAACGAAUUUUGUAAAAAUGUAAACUAGUCAAAGUUUGCGGAAUUUGCGACUUAUAUGUGCUAAAAUAUUGUGCAAUAUAAACCAUAGUUCAAAUUUCUGUAAAUAUAUAUGUCCAAAAAUAAAUUUAAUAAUAGA